CAACAAGUGCUCCAACUACAACAGAAAACCCAACCACCACAAGCCCUUUAACAACCACUAUGGCUAUGACUACAACAACUGCGCCAACAACAACUGAAGCCCCUACCACAACAAGCCCUCCAACAACUACUAUGGAUCCAACAACAACAAGUGCUCCAACAACAGAAGCCCCAACCACCACAAGCCGUCCAACAACCACUAUGGCCCUGACUACAACAAGUGCUCCAACAACAACAGAAUCCCCUACCACAACAAGCCUGCCAACAACAACAAGUAGUUCAACAACAACAAAAGCCCCUACCACCACUAGCCCUCCAACAACAACAAAUGGUCCAACAACAACAGAAGCCCCUACCACCAGUAGCCCUCUAACAACAACAAUAGCCCUGACAACAACCAGUGCUCCAACAACAACAGAAUCCCCUAACACAACAAGCUCUCCAAUAACUACGGCUCCAACUACAACAGGUUCUCCAACAACAACAGUAUCACCUACCACAACAAGCUCUCCAAUAACAAUUACAGCUCCAACAACAACAAGUGCUCCAACAACAACAGAAGCCCCUACCACCACUAGCCCUCCAACAACAACAACAGCCCUGACAACAACCAGUGCUCCAACAACAACAGAAUCCCCUACCACAACAAGCUCUCCAACAACUACGGCUCCAACUACAACAGGUUCUCCAACAACAACAGUAUCACCUACCACAACAAGCUCUCCAACAACAACUACAGCUCCAACAACAAGUGCUCCAACAACAACAGAAGCCCCUACCACCACAAGCCCUCCAACAACAACUAUGGAUCCAACAACAACAAGUGCUCCAACCACAAAAGCCCCGACCACCACAAGCCCUCCAACCACCACUAUGGCCCUGACUACAACAAGUGCUCCAACUACAACAGAAAACCCAACCACCACAAGCCCUUUAACAACCACUAUGGCUAUGACUACAACAACUGCGCCAACAACAACUGAAGCCCCUACCACAACAAGCCCUCCAACAACUACUAUGGAUCCAACAACAACAAGUGCUCCAACAACAGAAGCCCCAACCACCACAAGCCGUCCAACAACCACUAUGGCCCUGACUACAACAAGUGCUCCAACAACAACAGAAUCCCCUACCACAACAAGCCUGCCAACAACAACAACCCUGACAACAACCAGUGCUCCAACAACAACAGAAUCCCCUACCACAACAAGCUCUCCAAUAACUACGGCUCCAACUACAACAGGUUCUCCAACAACAACAGUAUCACCUACCACAACAAGCUCUCCAAUAACAACUACAGCUCCAACAACAACAAGUGCUCCAACAACAACAGAAGCCCCUACCACCACUAGCCCUCCAACAACAACAACAGCCCUGACAACAACCAGUGCUCCAACAACAACAGAAUCCCCUACCACAACAAGCUCUCCAACAACUACGGCUCCAACUACAACAGGUUCUCCAACAACAACAGUAUCACCUACCCCCUCCAAAAACAACUAUGGAUCCAACAACAACAGGUGCUCCAACAACAAUAGAAGUCCCUACCACCACAAGCCCUCCAACAACAACAAUUGCCCGGAGAACAACCAGUGCUCCAACAACCACAGAAUCCCCUACCACAACAAGCUCUCCAACAACUACGGCUCCAAUUACAACAGGGUCUCCAACAACAUCUGA